CCAUUCAUUAUCGUAUUCAGGGAACUAUUCUCUCAAUAGGUGGCUUCUAAGAUUAUCGUACUAGUGCAGAUACUCCGGUGGAAUGGUUAGUUGUUGCCAUCUGGAGGCGUCGAAAACAGUCACGUCGAGAGCGUCUGCUUUAUAAGAGUUCUGGAUUGGUUAAUCAUAGUGUGUCGUCAUCAAUGCCGUCUUUGAAAACGGCGGCUGCUUUGCGGGGCGCAAAUGUCUGCAGGUACAGCGGAAAUUCACGAUAGUGGUGCCGACGAGCGUGAGCAACACGUACGUGAAAGUUUGCCUAUAUUCGGCUCCAUGACGGUGGACGUCAACUCCAACACCCCUUACACUGAUGCCACACAGUGUAAAAAAGUUACAAGUCGUGUUAAACGUCCCAUGAACGCCUUUAUGGUCUGGAGCCAGAUUGAACGGCGGAAGAUUUGUGAACAACAGCCGGACAUGCACAAUGCAGAGAUCAGUAAGCAGCUAGGGAAGAGGUGGAAGUUGCUGACGGAAAGCGAGCGGCAGCCGUUUAUACAAGAAGCCGAAAGGCUCCGGGUCCUACACAUGCAGGAAUACCCCGACUACAAAUAUCGGCCGCGCAAGAAAGCGAAACCGACAACUGUAAAGCAAGAAAAGAAGCCGGCCACAAAGCACAAAGUAACCAAUUGUAAGAAAGGCUUCAAACCAGUUAAACAGUCGCGGAUACAUUACGGUGUUCCGUCAGUCUCGGCUCCUGUGGGCGAUGUAAACUACAACAGACUGAAACUAAAGCUUACCAUUGACAAAAAGUUUAAAGAAUCUAUGGGGUCGACUAAAUAUGAGAAGAUGGUUGUGGAUUACGUAACUCCCCCCAGUAAAGUGCCGUGUUCUCUGUCAGAAGACGAGCCUGCUUCUCCGGAGAGUACUAAUGUAAGUUUAUACGAUGAUGGCGGAUAUAAAAAGUUGACUUUUCGUGAGAUGUCAAAACCUGCGAUCUCCCAAGAUACCGACACUUCUACUGGGCUUAUGGACAAUAGUUUAGCCGAUCUAGACGCUCUUACCGAGGCACUACAGCUCCCGUCUGCGUGGGCAGAGUUGAAGAGCCUCAACAUAACAUCUCUUUCAGACUUCCCCUCUCUAGAAACAGCCAGUUCCAGCUGCGGCUCUCACUUUGAAUUUCCUGAUUAUGCGAACUCUGAAGUUACGGAUAUCUUAGGUGGCGAUUGGCUAGACUCUAAUUUGUCGUCUUUGAUUAAUUGUUAGUGACUUUAUGAACAAGAUGACUAAGGCGGUAUUUUGUGCUUCAACUCCAAAGAGGGCGUCAACUGUGGCCGCUCCUUUCCCGCCAUACUAGAUGACUCCCAGCCCACGUAACUGGAUAUACGUGUUCUAAGGUCAAAUAAAAUCAUCGAAAAUGUUACAGAGCUCCUGUAGAAGAGAUGUAUUCGUGAUGUGUUUUAAACCAGCCUUUAUUUUAUUAUAUAAGAAACGGGAUUUUAUCUGUUAAGGUAUUGCUAUUUGCUGGUUUGUAAAAUAUUCGCGAAACUUUGCUAUGCAUCAGGUCCCAAUGGUAUUGAAUGUUAUUAAAAUUAAAUGAAGCUUAGAGCAUCAUGAAUUUCGUCUUACUUUUAUAUUUUCCAAUUGGAAAAGUAAGAAUUGAUAUAAUUACGUGCGUUCUAUAUAUCCACCAACCGUAUAACUUGAUAAGAAAAAAAAAAAUUCUGAUAAAAGUGUAGAUAUCUUUUCGUUGUUUGAAAAUUAUCAGCAUUUCUUUGGUAAUCUCGGUUCUUCUAUAAACUUUUUAUUUUAUAAAUCAAAUUGAAUGGUAUACGUAGUUUGACACAUUACCUUGUACUGAUACAAUCAGAGAAAUUUCCUUUCUCUUAGAUUUCUCUACUUAUGAGAUUAAUCUGAUACUAGAGUUUAUUUGAGUUUUCAGAGGCCAUAAAAAUUGGGUUAACA